AUGGGCGUCUCCGAUACUGCCUAUCCACUACUACCUACCCUCGAGGGUUAUAGCACAGGACAUCCUGAUGUGUUUGAGGUGCCUCUCCAACUACGCAACAUCUACCCCACUGACAACUUCAACCGCGACGUGAUGGGAGCCUGGUGGGAUACCUCAGUCCUCGAUGGCCACCCCCAUGAUGCAUCACAGCAGCUGUCUUCAGCUCUCAAGUCGGCCUCAUUCAUAGUUCUGGACCAGGGGAUGUAUGACUUGCUAGUGUCUCCAGGAGAAACAUCUGUUCCCAUGGUAGAGCGCAUCUUUGAGUUCCCUCAGCCGCCUUCCUUCGCUAAGCGUAUGGUUCAUGAUGGCACGGUAUACUCUCCUGAGUGCAACUGCAUCUUCUUUGCCGAGAUGCACCCGCCUAAGCCCGGUUUCUCGACCGGAGCAAUGCCAUGGGUCUGGCGUGUAAAUCUUUCCAAGGACCCUCCAACGACCGAGAAAGUAUACCCAUCGCCACAGCUUACAGUCCCUAACGGUGCAUACUAUCACAAUGGAAGUGUGUACUGGGCUCACGAGGGCAACUAUACUGUGCCAGGCGGUAUAGUGCGAAUGGACCCCGUUACCCUACAAACCGAGGUCGUACUCAAUAAUUGGUUCGGCCAUCGCUUCAACAGCCCUAAUGACGUUGCCAUUACGCGAGAUGGUGUUGCGUACUUCACAGACGGUUAUUAUGGCUACGAUAAUUUUAACGAUACACUUAAGCCGGAGCUUGCAAAUGGCGUUUGGAGAUGGGAGAUGACAACAGGCGACGUGCGAAUGGUUUCUGGCGCAGGUGGAGGACCAUUUACGAAUCCCAAUGGCAUUGCACUCAACAAGGAAGAAGACCGUCUCUACGUCACCAACAGAGGGAAUGCAACUGAUAACCCUGCUGGAGGUCGAACGAUCUACGAAUUCGAGCUCGACCAUUACGGGAAGAUCAACAAUGGCCGACGUUCCCGCCCGGUCAAGGGGGGUGAGGUUUUCACCUUCUCUGACUCAGGGUUUCCGGAUGGUAUUAAACUAGACCGUGACGGCCGUAUGUACGGUGCUGUGACUGGAGGUGUACAUGUCUUGGACGAAUCUGGUAGGCAACUAGGCAUUAUCCGAAUUAGCGAGGGUGAUGUUGCCGUCAACAUGCAAUGGGUAAAUGACUGGCUGUACAUUGCGGGUAGGGCGAACCUUUACCGGGUCAAAUUGAAUAGCAAAGGAUCACAGCAGUAUUAG